AUGGGAGAACGAGAGAUAAAGAAUAGUCGGACUGUCUCCGAGAAUGAGAGAGAGAAGAAUAGACUGAAAAAAAUCCCCUAUUCUUGUGCUCACCGAACAUUCGCGGCUCUGCGCUGCAGCGGCGUGGCCGUUCUCCUGCGCUUCUGCCUCCCGGUCGAGUUCAGCUUGUCGCCUCUUCCUUCGUCGGUCAAUCCGGCCAACACGACAUCAACUGGUCGCCAAAUGUCCGGUUGCCAGGGUGACCAUAACUCGGCAUCGCGAGACACAUCGACGAUUGGUCGGCCUCUCGGUGCUCCGACUCCCGACGCCGGUAGCCCCAGCAACGAGGCGCAACCGUAG